AUGGUGACCGAUGCCCAUAAAUAUUGGAGUGAAUACCUACCACUUGCUCUUUGGACUUACAGAACAACCAGACAUGGAACAAGUGGAGUAACACCCUUCUCGUUGGUUUACGGGGUUGAAGCUGUACUGCCAGCAGAGAUUGAAGUACCCACCGCCAGGAUGUUGUUAGACGAAGCAAGGGAUCGUGAAGUUGAGUUGCAAGAAUUGGAAGAAAAAAGAGAAGUUGUGGGAAGCAAGAUGGAAGAAUACCAUCGGAGACUAGCAUUAGCUUAUGACAAGCAUGUUCGGCCCAGGGUGUUCCUAGAGGGUGAUCUGGUAUUAAAAUCAGUAGACGCAGUAAUGAGAAAGAUGUCUUUGCCAAAAUGGGCUCCCAAAUGGGAGGGUCCUUACAUUGUUUCUGAAGUACACCCAACGGACACUGUAUCUUGCUGGACCCAGAUCAUGGAACAACCACUGGCCCCAUCAAUUUCAAGUAUGUCAAGAAGUACUAUGCCUAAUUUCAGCUUUAGUAGCUUGAAUUUCAAUUCCAAAAGGCUUUUUUAUCAAGAGCCAAUGUUUAUGUUAUAUUAUUCUACAAGCAUCUUGCAAUGCAUGAAAAAAUUGCAUUAG